UAGGGAAGAUAUACUUUAUGAUUUGAACAAAAGGUGCUUAUUACGGGGCGGGGGGGGGGCAGUACCUACCCUCAGAGUUUAGGUUGACUUGACUUGAUCUCGAUGCCGUUAAUUUGCUCCCGUGCUUCAGACCUUCCGUUCCCACUCUGCAGGUUCCUGCUUUAUGCUUUUCCAGUUUUCCGUAUUCCACCGUCUCCUGGACUCCUUACUUCUUGGUUCUCAACACCACCGGCCCGUGAACCUAUCCCAAUAACGUCCCCCCGGGAUCCGGAGAGCAGGAAAAUGCCUUCUUCUAUGGGCAAAGAAACGGUUCGGACCUAGGCGAGAAGGGAAUUAGAAUCACCGAAGCUUGUUUCUAUGAAGGACACGCUGUGUGCCAAGCUGCCCGCGAGGUCUGGGGACAGCGGGGACCCUGCGUCUCUACAGUCCGGCCGGGGGCUUCCCUUCUUGUCGAUGCUGGUCAGUGGAUGGCGGGUGCUGCCGCCGGGCUAUUUGGGGACAGGUUUCCGUGUCUGCGGCGGGGAAGACGUAGGAUCGGUGUAACAGAUUUCCAAAGCACGGAUUACGGUCUUGCGGUCAGAAGGGUUUUCUGGGUCUUGUGUUCGGGGGCAUUUCUGUUUUCUUCCUACUAGUUGAUUCCGUUUUCUAAUGCCAUUUUUAAGUCAAGAAAGGGGGGGAAUCUCGUCUCUGCUUGACUCUGUAUCCGAGGCGCAGUCUCUCUCUCCACGUGGAGACCACGCUGCCCCCCUCCCCACCCCGCACCGAAGCGUCCUCUCCUGUGGCCCCCACGGCAGAGGGCGCCGGCUUCCCGACGUUCUCCGGGAAGGGCUUCCUUUGGCCUGGCUUGGGCUGGGUGUCCUUCCCCGGACCCAUCAACCCUGGCCGGAGGGCGGGCGUCUCUAAGCACCUGGCAGACCCUCUGGGGACACCGGGCCGCUCCCUCGGCCUCACGGCGCUAGGCAGAGGGCAGCGGGAACGAGGACUGAACGGGCUGCGUCCGUAGAGUGCGGCCAAGAGGUGGGUCUGGGGCCAAGACCUGGUGGAAGGACCCGCGAGAAAGCCACGACCGCACCACCGAGGGGCUCACGGAGAGAACCGGCGGCGGCUCGGGAGCCGGAGGAGCACAGAGCAGAGCAGCAGCAGGAGACUUGGGUCAUCCGAGCUGCAGGCGGGGCCGAUGCUCGGAGUGCAGGGCAGCCGAGCGACACGGUGCCCGACCCACAGCGCCUGCGACUCUUGCUUUUUACCCUGGGGUCCGCUCGGGGUCACCGGCUGCGGCUCUCCCGCCUUGAGGCCACGGUUUACUCACGCCUAGAAUCGGGGCGGCCGGCCCAGAGCAGGGGACCUCGUGGUGCCCGUUAAUGCCCGAAGACGUCUCUGCUUUAUCAGAACCCUCGGCCCAGGCCCGAGCGGCAGCGCAGAUCUGAGCCCACACGCCGCUCGGCCACCUGCAGGGGGGCGAGCGGGGGCCCGGACACGCCGGACGGCAAGGAACGCGUCAGCGGCGGAAGCAGGCGGCUUGCAGGAUGGGUGGGAGACGGCCCAGCCCCGCGGACCCUCACGGGUAGAGGGAGGGGACCCCCGAACGACGGCCGUGCACGUGUUCUGCGAACACAGGUGCUCGUGGUCAGGAAAGCCGAUCGGCGGGUCCCGGGUGUUACCGCCAUCACACCUGUGUGACCGCGGACCCGACGGAGUCCCGUUUCGUACCCAUGGGGACCGCUUUCCCGCACCGCCGAGGAAGCAGUAGAAUAACCCCGAGGACCAGACGGCGGGAUGGCGGGGGCUCUGCUGGGUGCCCUGCUCCUCCUGGGGCUCCUCGGUGGAGGUGACGGCAAGAACGAAGAGCUACGUCUCUACCACCAUCUUUUCGACAACUACGACCCAGAACGCCGGCCGGUGAAGGAGCCUGAAGACACUGUCACCAUCACCCUCAAGGUCACCCUGACCAACCUGAUCUCACUAAACGAGAAAGAGGAGACCCUCACCACCAGCGUCUGGAUUGGAAUCGACUGGCAGGAUUACAGACUCAACUUCAGUAAGGACGACUUCGGGGGCAUAGAAACCUUGCGGGUCCCUUCGGAGCUCGUGUGGCUGCCUGAGAUCGUGCUGGAAAACAACAUCGACGGCCAGUUCGGCGUGGCCUACGACGCCAACGUGCUGGUCUACGAGGGCGGCUACCUGAGCUGGCUGCCCCCGGCCAUCUACCGCAGCAGCUGCGCCGUGGAGGUCACCUACUUCCCCUUCGACUGGCAGAACUGCUCGCUCGUCUUCCGCUCGCAGACGUACAACGCCCGAGAGGUGGCGUUUGUCUUCGCCGUGGAUGACGAGGGCGAGACCAUCAGCAACAUCGACAUCGACACCGAGGCCUACACUGAGAACGGCGAGUGGGCCAUCGAUUUCUGCCCCGGACUGAUCCAUCACCACGGGGGCUCCGCGGACGACCCGGGGGGCAUUGACGUCAUCUACACGCUCAUCAUCCGCCGGAAGCCGCUCUUCUACACAAUCAACAUCAUCGUGCCCUGCGUGCUCAUCUCGGGCCUGGUGCUGCUCGCCUACUUCCUGCCGGCGCAGGCCGGCGGCCAGAAGUGCACCGUGUCCAUCAACGUCCUGCUGGCGCAGACCGUCUUCUUGUUCCUGAUCGCCCAGAAAACCCCCGAGACGUCGCUGAGCGUGCCGAUGCUGGGCAGGUACCUCAUCUUCGUCAUGGUGGUCGCCACGAUCAUCGUCAUGAAUUGCGUCAUCGUGCUCAACUUGUCACUGCGGACGCCCACCACUCACGCCGCGUCUCCGCGGCUGCGCCACGUCCUGCUGGAGCUGCUGCCUCGCCUCCUGGGCUCCGGCGCGCCGCCCGAGCCCCCCCGGGCCGCCUCGCCGCCCCGGCGCGCGUCGUCGGUGGGCCUGCUGCUCCGCGCCGAGGAGCUGAUACUGAAAAAGCCGCGGAGCGAGCUCGUGUUUGAGGGGCAGAGGCACCGGCAUGGGCCCUGGACCGCCGCCCUCUGCCAGAGCCUGGGCGCCGCCGCCCCCGAGGUCCGCUGCUGCGUGGACGCCGUGAACUUCGUGGCCGAGAGCACGCGAGACCAGGAGGCCUCCGGCGAGGAGGUGUCCGACUGGGUGCGCAUGGGGAAGGCCCUCGACCACAUCUGCUUCUGGGCCGCCCUGGUGCUCUUCGGCGUGGGGUCCAGCCUCAUCUUUCUGGGGGGCUACUUCAAUCAAGUGCCCAAGCUGCCCUACCCGCCGUGUAUGUAGACGGCUCUUCCACCGCCUCCGGGAGGAAACCGGGCGUGAAAAAACCACGUUGCAGUCGCUGCCGUAGUGGGUGGGAUUCUUUCCUAAUGCCGAUAAUAAACCCGGGCCUUUCCGUCUCAAGAA